GCGCGCGCUGCCAGAGGGGCGGAGUCGGAAGCGGCCGUCGGUCUGUCGAGUCUCCGCGGUUCUUUCUCUCGGAUCCUCCGGAGCUUCUUCAGCGGCAGCUCAGCGGCGGAUCUUCGGCCUCACAGACGGACCGUCCCGGCAGCGCUGCGGGGACAGACCCAGGUCGGCUCGGCUCGGCUCGGCUCGCCUCCUCCCCCCGCUGCAGUGGAAAAACCCGGACGGAGGCCCGCAGUGCGCGCUGAGGCUCCGCAGGCCUCCGGCCCGGACUCCCGCUUUUCUCCCGGAAAAUGGACGGAUUCGCCGGCAGUUUAGACGACAGCAUGUCCGGAGCGAGUGUCUCAGAUGUCAAUGAUCGUCUUUCUGCUCUGGAGCUUCGCGUCCAGCAGCAGGAGGACGAGCUGACGGUGAUGAAAGCUGCUCUCGCCGACGUCCUCCGUCGUCUCGCUGCCUCUGAAGACUCUGCUGCCACGGCAACCAAGAAACAGCAUGGAGGAAAAGGUGGAGCUGCUCUGCGUGAAGCCUACUCAAUGUCCUGCAUCGCUAAUGGUGGAACAUCUGGACGGAAGAGAGACUCGACCUCUGUCACCAGGAAGGAGACGGUGUCAUCCGCCGCCAAGAGUGGAGCAGACAGGAAGAAGGAGGUGAGCAGCCAACGCUCCCAGAUGGAGGAGAUCCAGGAACACGAGGAACCUCCUCACCCAAAGAACCCGUCCCCCUGUCCCUCCCCCCAGAACCCCCAGCCCAGACCGUCCUCCGACAGCAGUAAAGGCCAAACUCCUCAGAAAAGGGGUCCCAGUGUGAAGCGGUCCUCAGGGAUGGAACGUUCUCAGAGCAGCACCUGGGAGAGUUCAGAAGAAAACCGGAACAAACUGGUCAAAGCUGCGUCCACCUCCAAGCUGCUGGCCAAAGUGGUGAAGAACGCAGAGAGACACAAAGACCCGGUGGUGAACCAAGCUAAAAUGUCGACCCGAGAGAAAAACAGCCAGGCUGAGGGGACUCUGAAGAUGUUCAUGCGUGGACGACCCAUCACCAUGUUCAUCCCUUCAGACGUGGACAACUACGACGAUGUUCGGACAGAGCUGCCUCCAGAAAGACUCAAGCUAGAAUGGGUGUAUGGCUACCGGGGCAGAGAAUGCAGAGCAAAUGUCUACCUCCUUCCAACCGGAGAGAUCGUUUAUUUCGUGGCGUCCGUUGUGGUUCUGUUUAACUACGAGGAGCGGACCCAGAGACAUUACCUCGGACACACCGACUGUGUGAAGUGUUUGGCCAUCCAUCCUGAUAAGAUCCGGAUCGCUACAGGACAGAUUGCAGGAGUGGACAAAGACGGACGGGCUGUGCAGCCUCAUGUUCGUAUCUGGGACAGCGUCAGUUUGUCAACUCUGCAGAUCAUCGGUUUGGGAACGUUUGAACGAGGCGUCGGCUCUCUGGCUUUCUCUAAAGCCGACUCCGGUCAGCACCUGAGUGUGAUCGAUGACUGUAACGAUCACAUGCUGACGGUUUGGGAUUGGCACAAGAAGUCAAAGAUUGCUGAGAUCAAGACUACCAAUGAAAUGGUCCUGGCUGUGGAGUUCCACCCCAUUGACCCACAUACCAUCGUCACCUGUGGGAAGUCCCACAUCUUCUUCUGGACCUGGAGUGGGACCUCUCUAGCUCGUAAACAGGGAAUCUUUGGGAAAUAUGAGAAGCCGAAGUUCGUCCAGUGUCUGGCCUUCCUGAGUACUGGAGACAUCCUGACCGGAGACUCUGGUGGAGUUCUGCUGGUCUGGACCAGGAGCUCGGCUGAGACCCCGACCGGGAAGGGACCCAGAGCCUUCCAGAUCAGUCGGCAGGUCAAAGCCCAUGAAGGCAGCGUCUUCUGUCUGUGUGAGAUGAGGAGUGGAGCUCUGCUGACCGGAGGAGGAAAAGACCGAAGGAUCGUCCUCUGGGACCACGAGCUGAGAGCAGACAGGGACAUGGAGGUCCCGGAUCAGUAUGGAACCAUCAGAGCCGUGUCGGAGGGGAAGGGGGACGAGUUUCUGGUCGGGACGUCCCGUAAUUUCAUCCUGAGAGGAACCUUCAACGACGGCUUCCUGGUGGAGGUCCAGGGACACACAGACGAGCUGUGGGGUCUGGCAUCUCACCCGUCCAGAGAAAUGUUCCUGACGUGCGCUCAGGACCGACUGGUGUGUCUCUGGAACUCUGUGGACCACAGCCUGCAGUGGAGCCGCUCUCUGGAGGAACAUGGACACUGUGCAGACUUCCAUCCCAGCGGAGCUGUGGUCGCCAUAGGAACGCACUCAGGAAAGUGGUACGUCCUGGACGCUGAGACCACAGACCUGGUUGGGAUCCACACUGAUGGGAAUGAGCAGCUGUCAGUGAUGCGUUUCUCUGUCGAUGGUAGCUUGUUGGCUGUUGGAUCCCAUGAUAACUUUAUUUACCUCUACACCGUCUCCGAGCGAGGACGCAAGUACAGCCGAUACGGGAAGUGUACCGGGCAUUCCAGCUACAUCACACACCUGGACUGGUCACCUGACAACAACUUCAUCAUGUCCAACUCAGGAGACUACGAAAUCCUCUACUGGGACGUUCCAAACGGUUGUAAACUGAUCAGAAACCGUUCAGAGUGUAAAGACAUCGACUGGGCGACGUACACCUGCGUCCUGGGAUACCAUGUGUUUGGUGUGUGGCCGGAGGGUUCUGAUGGAACCGACAUCAACGCUCUGAUCAGAUCCCACAACAGGAAGGUGAUCGCUCUGGCUGACGACUUCUGUAAAGUUCACCUGUUUGCCUAUCCAUGUUCAACAUUCAAGGCCCCCAGCCAUAAGUACAGCGCCCACAGCAGUCAUGUGACCAACGUCAGCUUCCUGUACGACGACAGUCACCUGAUCUCCACAGGGGGGAAGGACACCAGCAUCAUGCAGUGGCGUCUGGUGGAGAAGUCCUCGCCGUGUCUCACUGACGGCCUCCUCGCAAACUCCGCCCCCCGCCGGGUUGAUGCCGUCUUUGCUCUGCCCCCUCCUGCAGGAACCACACAGGAACCUUCUCCUCCAACAGCCAAUGGGACCCAGGAGCCCUUCCCUGAAACCCCACCCCCGACAGAUAUAGCUCCGCCUUUGUCCGAGUUGACCCCACCCCAUUCUGAGUCGACACCGCCCCCCUCUGACAGCACAAUGAGUCUGAAGGACAGCCUGGAGCCGAGCGACGACACGGCGACGCCUAGCGACGAAGGGCUGCCCCCCCUCACCCCCCCGUCUUAGACACACACUUCCUGUUCCAUCUGGCUUUGCGGGGACCAGACUCCUUAUGAGCCUUGUGAGGACGUGUACAAAGUGAGGACAUUGUGCUGGCGUCAGACCUGUCGGUGUCUGCUCGACGCUCGGUUUAGGGUUAACAUUCAGUUUAAACGUGAUGUAAGUCGUGGUUGGAUAAGGAUAACUUUGUCAGAUGUGAAAUCACACACAUGAAACACGUAUGAUCAGAUUUAGCGUGGACAUCGUCUCUGGUGUCCAUCAGUGUAAACCUCUAGAAGACAGAAUCAGAGACGUCGGUGUGAUGGGACGUUCACAUAAUUUAUCUCAGCAAUCAACUGUUCCUUCAUUUAAAAAACGUGAGGUCACAGUUUGAAACACCUGGAGAGUCACAUUCACCUGAGUGGAAAAGAGGUGGGAGGGGCUCACCUGUCUCACCUGCACGUCACUGUCAUCCUUCAAACCUUUUUCCCGUCAUGGGGAGUCACUAGAGUGCCAAGAAGAAGCAGGUGGACCUGUGGUUUGCCUGAAGACUAGAAGCUACAGGUGAGACAGGUGUGUCAGUGCUCCUCCACCAAUCAGAACAGAGGAGGUGAAGAGGAAGUGUUGUGGGUCCAAGAGAUGUUGUCAGUCUGAAGUCUUUUAGAAUCUUGUUUUUAAAUUCUCUGGAGAUGAAAACUCUUGAUUGUUUUUAAAACCACUGAAGCCUUUUCUUAUGAACACAAAUUCAUUGAAUCCGUUCAUCCGACCCGAGUGACAAACUGGGAAAAAAAAAAAAAAGGUUUGAAAACAAGUUUUAGUUUUUCUGACAAAGUCUUUUCAGGUUUAAACUACAAACAGUCGGUUCAACCUUCAAAUUGUUGCAGUUUGGAGAGUUUUAUUCAGAGAGUUUUUAGAAAUGGAAGCUGAAGUAGAGCUGACAUGAUGUAAACAGGAAGUGACCUCCAGAAUAAAAGCUGUGACUGACAUGUUUUAAUCAGAGAAUCGAUGAUCUGUGCAGCACCUGUUUGUAUAUACUGCAGAUGUCUGUGUGUAUAUUUCUGUUCACCAAUAGGAGGCAGCAGUGGACAUCCACGGUCACACUCAGCAUCCAAUCAGGCGAUGGGACAUGAGGUCCUCUGCUCUGAUUGGCUGCUGUUGGUGACUCACUGAAUGACUGCUGGUGAUGUUUUUAUUUCUUUUGGACCAUUUCUGUUCAAAAUGUUUUCUGAAUGUCAGGAUGAUGAUGUCACUCCAUGGGCGGGGCCUAUCAGGGUGGGGUGGGUUUCAUGUUGCCUUUUUAAUACUCCUCUAUCUUCAUCGUUUCUACCCUCGUCUCUGAAGGGCUGAGUUCAGGAAUCACCUGAAUUUUCAGGGAGGGGCGGGGCCAUAUGGGGUGUGGGCGGGGCCAGGGGUGGGCUUGGUGGGGUAAGUUUCUGGAGGAAAGUGUUUAUUUUCAGUGUUCAGUAACAACAUUGAUACUCAUGAUGAUGUUCAUGUGACUGUUUUGAGCCAAUCAUGUCUUCUCUCAUGCAUUCCUGUCAGACGACAGACUGUACUGAAGAUUUCAACAAAAAAAUGCAAAUAAAUGUCUUCAAAACUGACAA